AUUUUGUUUUCAUUUUGUUCUGUCGGCAAAAAUGAGCAAAAGAAUAUAAGCUGCAUAAGCGACUAUUGUUACAGACUAAAAUUUGGCAAAAUGUCAGAUAAUUACAGAAUUUUUAUAAGCAAAAAGCAUUUAUGUUUUUCGCGGUGGUCUUCUGGAGUUCCACUUUUUUGGUCGAAAUUACCAAUUGAAAACAAUUUUAGAACGAAAAAACAUAAAAAGUAUUUUCAGAAUAAAGGCAAUGAAGAUCCUACUGCAUUUGUAAUUGUAAAUUUUCGAAAAUGUCCCCAAAACACAAAACCCAAUCUAUUAAACUGGAAAUGCUAUUUCAAAUUGAAAGAAAAUAAAGAACAUUCUUUCCAAGUAAAUGGAAAAGUGAAAGCUGCUUUAAAUAAGUUACGACAAAUAUGUAGAAAUGGUUUUCUGAAAUAUGCGGAUUGGUCCAAAGCUUUAAAAUUUAUAGAAACAAAUAUACGUAAAACAUUUAAGUUUGACUUUGUAUGUGAAAUUUUGUUGUUCUCAUGCAACAGCUUAAGUCAGAUUGGUCGUGGAAUAAAUCGGGGGAAGAUUUUGCGUAUACAAUAUACAAAGAAUACAUUGCAGAUUGUUUCAGUAGAAGACCAGCAAUUUUUCGACUUUCUGCAUUCGAGUAAUCGUAAUAAUCCAAAUUCUACUGCGGAAACAAAAUCUGACUUAACACAGUUAAACAAACAUUAUAAUACUGAACGCGUUAGUAAAUUGAGUGACUGGGAAUAUUUUUCACCUAUUGAGAUCAAUAAAAAUAAUUAUUUUUAUAAUCAAAUGGAUCACGAUAGAAAAAUUCUCAAGAGUUUGUUUAGGUUUUCCGGGAAUAUUUUGGAAAUAAUACAAAACGAUGGCAUGGAUAAAAUAGUAAUAGAUCCUUUUAAGGAUAUGGAGACUAUUUUUAAAGCUCAACACAGUUUUAUUAAGAGUCGUUGUUAUAAACGUACAAUUCCAGCGCUAACGUUUACAGAUAACUUAACGUAUAAUAACUCAAUCACGAAAGUAGUACCAAAAUUAUAUGUUCAUGUACAUGAUCCAUUAAUAUCAAGUUUUAAGGAAUCAAUAAUCACUAAAGGAAAAUAUUGGUCUUUGAAAUGUUCAAAUAUCUUAAACAACUUAAAUAACACUACCGAAAUAAUCGAUACAGUGUAUAAGAGCUAUAAAUAUGCAGAGAUCAAAGCUAGUAUUUUAUGCCAGCUGCAGUCUUUAACUAUGAUAAAGGAACUAACAAUUAAUUUCUGUCCUUCAGGGAAUCGGCAAUCACUGAACAAUAUUAAAAUGCUUCACAAACCUACGAAAAUCAGACAAAUUGAUAUUUCUGCAGAUUUUCCUAAGAAUCAAAUACCAACUGAUAUGCAUGAUGACAUUGAAGAGCAGGAUCAAAUGAUACAGUACCGUGAAUUAGUUCCAACUACAGAUUUAUCACUGAGUGAGAAAAAUAGGUAUCCGUACGAAAAAAAACAAUGUGAUUAUAUACUUGAAAGAAACUUAUCACUACCGGUAAAAUCAUUAGUGGAUAAGAAUUACGAGCGUAAGAGUGACGAGCAACAACCUAGUAUUGGAAAUACUUCCAAAUCAAGAAAUGAUUUUAGCUUGAUCAAUCAACUUUCUCUUGAUGAGUCACAACAUAGUAAUGCAAAUCUUUACCUAUCAAAAAAUUAUUUUAAUUUGAACAUGGAACUUUCCUCUAACGAAUCCCAUCUUACUAUUGGAAAUGCUUCUGAACCAAGAAAUGAUUUUAGCUUAAUCAAUGAACUUUCUCUUGAGAAGUCACAACAUAGUAAUGCAAAUUUUUGCCUACCAAAAAAUAUUUUUAAUUUGGACAUGGAACUUUUCUCUCACGAUUCCCAUCUUAGUAUUGGAAAUUCGUCUGAACUAAGAAAUGAUUUUAGCUUGGACGUGGAACUUUCCCCUCACGAACCUCAUCUUAGUAUUGGAAAGGAUUCUGAACUAAGAAAUGACUUUGGCUUGGACAUAGAACUUUCUCUUGACGACCCUCAAACCUCAGUGAAGCCCAAGGAAAGAUUGAUUGAUUUAAGCCCAGCAAACGUCAAUGACUUUCGUUGCUGUUCGCAGCGUUUGAUAUCUAUUAUUAAGAAGGACUUGUACAAUGAAAUUUUUAAACGUAUACGAAAUUAUAACAUCAAUGAAUUAUUUCUACUAAUAACUUUUGACGGACAUAAGAACUAUCAUAUCGGCAUUGGUAAGCUUAAACAUCCACGAUUUAUCAAUUGUUUAUAUGCUACCAAACGCGCUAUAAAAGAAGCUGAUAAGGACAAUUUGUUUAUGCAGAUAUCCACAACUUUCCUUUCAUUGUAGUGAUCGUCUUUACAGGUUCAAAAUUUAGAGUAGUAAUAUAUAUUAUCAAAAAAUUUUUCUAAAAGUGUUAUCAACUUAAAA